GAGAGUCCGAGCUACUCUGUGCUUGGUUCGGCUAUAUACGACGCUGUACCGCGGGGCCAUCGUCUGCUGUGCUGCUGGAAUCUUCUCGUUCUCGAACAUCAGGGUCAUCUGCUGCUGACUGCCUCCUCAGAGGGAGAGGAGGCGGCGGAGCAGCGAUGGACAAAGAGGACAGUUGGUCCUCAGAGGCCUCAGGCGACCUCCCCCCAACUCUACUGGUGGAGGCUAUCGAAAGCGGCGACCGAGCUUCGGUGUCAAAGGUGUUGGAAGGAUUGACCCCUGACGAACGGCAACGCGAGCUUACGACAGCAUGCGCUGGGAGUGGUUCAGGCCGAAGCUAUGGUACCGACCUGUCGGCACCGUCGGCACAAACUUCAGAGACGGCCAUGCUCCCCGUGUUUCAUGCGGCGUACGUUGGCCACGUUGACGUUUUCUCGGAAGUGCAUGGCGCGCUGAGGGCCAACCUGUCCCAUGCUGCGGUGAGCCUCGGGAAGAUGUCUUGA